AUGGCAAUUAGAUUACUCCACCACCAACCCUUCCUCACCACCCUCACCUCCUCCACUAAUCUUCUCUCUCUCCGCCUCUUCUCCUCCAUCCAAAGCGGCACCUUCUCUUCUGAAAACGAUGCUAUCUGUCCUCAAAGCGAUACCCAUCUCCCCAAAUUUGAACCUUCAAAAGACGCUGACUUGCUUUCCCAAAUUCUCCUUCACCACCACAACCCAUUUCAUGCCAUGGAAUCAUCUCUCCAGUUAUCCGGCAUUACUCUCACUCCUUCCCUUCUUCACCAAACCCUCCUCCGCCUCUGCCAUAACUCCAAAAUCGCCCUCUCCCUUUUCCACCACUCCAUCUCCCUACCUUCCUCCUCGACGGACACUUCAAGAACCUCCACUGGCAGUUCAGUUGCAACGACCGACACUUACAAUCUCGUAAUCGACAUUCUCGCCAAAGUCCGACAAUUUGAUGUCUGUUGGCAACUUAUAGUGGAAAUGGAGCAAAAUAAUGUAAAACCCACUUCGGAAACUUUCUUUGUCCUCAUUAGGAGAUUGAUUGCGGCGGGACUUACUCGCCAGUCGAUUCGCGCUUUUGAUGAUAUGGAAAGUUUUGUUUUUGAGCCAGUGAAUGAGACCCAUUUUUGCUUUUUGCUUGAUACUUUGUGUAAAUAUGGGUAUGUGAAAGUGGGUGUUGAGAUUUUUAAUAAAAGGAAGCAUAGGUUUAGUCCUAAUGUGAGAAUGUAUACAGUUUUGAUAUAUGGGUGGUGUAAGAUUGGUAGAAUUGAUAUGGCUGAGAGGUUUUUGAGAGAAAUGGGUGAGAGAGGGAUUGAGGCUAAUGUUGUUACAUAUAAUGUUCUGUUGAAUGGGAUUUGUAGGAGGGCAAGUUUGCAUCCGGAAGGUAGGUUUGAGAGGACAAUAACUUUGGCAGAGAACGUGUUUGAUGAAAUGCGUAAGAGAGGGAUUGAACCAGAUGUCACGAGUUUUUCUAUUGUUCUUCAUGUGUAUAGUCGGGCGCAUAAGCCUGAAUUGACACUUGAUAAGUUGAAGUUGAUGAAGGAGAAGGGGAUUUGUCCGACUGUGGCUACGUAUACUUCGGUGGUUAAGUGUCUAUGUUCGUGUGGGAGGAUUGACGAUGCAGAGGAGUUGCUUGGUGAGAUGGUGAGGAAUGGUGUCAGUCCUAGUGCGGUGACUUAUAAUUGUUUUUUUAAGGAGUAUAGGGGAAGGAGGGAUGCAGAUAGUGCAUUGAAGUUGUAUAGGAAGAUGAGGGAGGUUGAUUUGGGGUUGUUGAGUUUGCAUUCGUAUAAUAUAUUGUUGAGGAUGUUUAUGAUGUUGAAUCGAUUGGAUAUUGUGAAUGAAAUAUGGGACGAUUUAAAACUGAGUGGAUUAGGGCCAGAUUUGGACUCAUAUACAAUAUUGGUUCAUGGGUUAUGUGAUAAAGAAAAGUGGAAAGAGGCUUGUAAGUUUUUUGUGGAGAUGAUAGAAAAGGGAUUGCUUCCCCAAAAGGUUACUUUUGAGACGCUGUACAAGGGCUUGAUACAGUCUGAUAUGUUGAGAACUUGGAGAAGGUUGAAGAAGAAGCUUGAUGAAGAGUCAAUAACGUUUGGUUCAGAGUUUCAACACUUAAACCAUUUACAUCUUGAGAAAAUUCACCGGGCUGCUUACAGCAUCAGUUUCACAGCCUCGGCGCUGAAGCUUCGCCAUUUCCCAAUGGGUAAUGUCCAUGACGAUAGAAAUGACACAGCAAGGAGAGUGGCACCAGACAAGUUGAGCAACGUGAUUUGCAUUGAGGAUGCCUCCAAGUACCACUUAACCUCAGCCGAUAUGGCACAUUGGAAAAUUCCAUUAGUUUCUGUGCCGUCAGUUGUUCAACGCCUGACGGAACCCUCUGCAAUGAUUUGUAGCCUUGAACCAUUAGUUUUUCAAGACAAGGCAUUGCUCCCGUCUCCAUUGUUAUUGUUUUCAGUCUAUUUAGACCCAAAAACUUCAGCAUUUGGAACCCUUCGACCUGGAAACACAACAGUUCUCCAUCAUAAACCUGCACAAAUUCAAGAUGUACCAACUUGGGCAAAUGCUGAAGGGAUACCAAUUGAUCAUCGCUUAACCGACUCCAUCUUAAACCUAUCGUGGCCAAACUUUGAAGUGAAGAUAUCCGAGCUGGCCGUUGAAGAAAUGGAGGAGUAG